CUAAUGCUUCUCCGGUGCCGUGACUUUUUGGUUUCAUUAUCGAAGGCUAAAAGCCAGUUGAACAAGUUCAGCUGUGCAGUUCAGAGGUUGACAGCUCGCGAAUUUACACAGCUCAGGGUUUUCGAUUUUGGUUUCGUUUGCUGUUGCGGAAGACUAACCCAAUCAUGGCAGAUGAAGAUGAUUCCAUGGAAUGUGAAAACCAGGGCGAUCAGUCUUCACCCAGCUCUGAUAAUCUUCAAGUGAUGCAAAUCGAGUCGUCUGAUCAAGGAAUGCAACAUAAUGCGUUUCGUAAUGGUCAGCCUUCUUUACGAAGCAGUGAUAAUUAUCUUAGUGAUAAUCCUCAAGUGAUGCAAAUCGUGUCGUUUCUUUCGACUGAUCAAGGGAUGCAAAACAAUCUGAUUCCUAAUGAUCAGGUUUCCAACAGCUCUGUUGUCACUACUCAACCUGCCAGCAUUACUGGACAAGACCCAGUCCUUUCCAAGACUGAAUCUCAACCGGACAUAUAUAGGGAUGCAGAUGAGUUGGCAGACCAUAAAACACCUCUGGAUGAUACAAAGCAUCAAAACAUCUCAGUGUCUCCAGAUCCAAGAUCAUCACCACACAGAUCAUUUUCAAAGGACAUAUAUAGGGGUGCAGAGGAGUUGGCAGACCUUAAAACACCUCUAAAUGAUACAAAGCAUCAAAACAUCUCAGUGUCUCCAGAUCCAAGAUCAUCACCACACAGAUCAUUAUCAAAGGAGGACAGCCAUACAGCUGAUGAAAAGAGACCAACAGCCUCUGCACCCCAGGAUAUUGCAAAAUUUAGAGUCAAAGUGGACUGGCAAGAAUCACUUCCAGUGAAAAAAAUGAAAAUGUCAUUGGAGAAAGCCCUUCAGGCCUGGUGUAACAUUCAUUUGUCCAAAGUGGUUGGAAAAAAAUGCAAUGUCAACAGCCUUGAACUCAUGACUGACCCCAUCUUUGCAGAGGUGCAGAUAAGCCCAUCAGAAGCUCUGAAUGUUUUAAAAAACAUGAAAACUGUACCUUUGAAGUUUAAAGGUCAAAUUAAGGAUGUGACGUGUUGGAUUUUGCUGGAUGAAACAGAUUCUCUGCCUGUAGCACAAAACUCAAUAUACACGCUGGACAAGAAAGAAGUUCCCCUUUCAAAGGAACUUAACACCCCUCCAGCAAUACGUGCGGUGAGCUCUGCAAAUGCAGAAGCAAACAAUGACAAGGACAUUGCAGUGAAGAGAGCCCCAAAUAGAGCUGAGAACUCAACCGUAGAUGCACUUACUGUCCCCCUCUAUCAGUACUGGUACAUGCAUCAUGCUUACAGAAAUGAGCUGGAAAAAAUUGAGAAAGAACAUGGAGUCACUUUUUCAGCAGAGGUAUCAGUCUCAUUCAGACCUACCCAUCACGCAAACUCUGAUUCAAUGUCUAAAGCAUCUGAGAACUUUCAGAAACUUUUACAGGAGUGCUUGGAAAAGUUUAGCUAUGCUACCUUUGACCACACUCACAUGGAUUCUGAUACUGUGAAGGAGAUUCAGCGAAACAUUCAAUCAGAAGAGCAAAGGAUGAUGUUGUCAAUAUCUGCCAGUAAUGGUCUGUUCUUAGGACCAACGAAAAUCUCUGGCAUGAUAAAAAGAAAAUGUGCGUUUGGAAGAAGGUGCAGAGGCUGCAAGACUGGAAAGCCAAUUCAAGGAAAAAUCAAGUAAAUGCAAAUAGGUGACAGUGUUUUUCAACAAAAUUGGACUUCCUUGGAUAUGGACACUAAGGACAUUCCAACUCAACUUGAGAUGGACAAGGUUCAUUGGGAUCUUAUUAAAACGUCCUAUUAUGGACAAUUAGCACAGCUUGAGAAGAAAUAUGGAGUGUCAUUUCACCCUGAAGAACAUCAGAACAAUUUAACCAUUAAGGUGAGAGCUCAAUCCAAAAUAGGCCAACAUACAAAUCUUGAAACCCAUGCACUCAUAGCCUUAAUUCAACUCUACCAGAAGCUUGCUACAGCAACUGUCACCUGUGAACUUAAAAUCUCUAAAGAUGCAAAUGCUGUUGCACCAAUAGUAGAGAAACUUCAGAGCCAGCAUUAUUGUGUUAUUGCAGUAGAUGUUUAUGGUCCCUGGCAGCUUGUUGGACUUCCAGAGCACCUUGGCCCUGCCAUUGCUGAGAUAGAGAAGACACUUCAGAAGAAAGUGUUUGAUGAAAAGAUGAAGAAAUUGAUUGUUUACUCAAGUGAUAUCCCUCAUUUAAGCGGAAUCAAAUGGGACAACACACUUUCUCUUGGACAAGAAGCAGUGGGUGGAAUUAAUUUGGGAGUGAAAGAUGAUACUGAUACUGGUUUUAAUGGAGAGUCAGGAGAAAGAGCAAAGGAAAACUCUACAACAGACAGUAAAGGUGCACAUGGCAAAGAGGAGCAGUGCCCUAUUUGCAUGGAUAGUUUCACCAACGAGAAACAACUGAAGUGCGGACAUAAGUUCUGCUCGGAAUGUAUAAAGAAGGCAGUGGAGGCUAUGGGUUCAAUCUGUCCUGUGUGUAAGCAAGUCUUUGGGAAGAUGGAGGGGAACCAGCCAAACAAUGCAACAAUGCAAUUUAAAAAGCACAGAGACAAUCUCCUUGGAUAUCCAAACUCCGGCACUAUUGAAAUCAGUUACGAUAUUCCAAGUGGUACCCAGACGAGUAAGCAUCCAAACCCUGGACAGUAUUAUAUCGGGACAUGUCGCAGUGCUUAUCUGCCUGACAACACUGAGGGAAAUGAAGUGCUCAAACUCCUGCAGAGGGCUUUUGAUCAGAAACUGAUUUUUACUGUUGGAACAUCAACAACAUCUGGUGCAAUGGAUACUGUCACCUGGAAUGAUAUACAUCAUAAGACCAAUAGAUAUGGUGGACCUGAAGGCUAUGGUUACCCAGAUCCCAACUACCUGAAAAGAGUGAAAGAUGAGUUAAAAGCCAAAGGCAUUGAAUGAAGACGUAUGCUAUAGAAGUACAUUAUCACUGAUAUUACAUACAUACUGUACAUAAUUGGGUAAGACGGUAUAUUAUCACAAAAUAUACAUCAACUGGUUAAGGGAUUGUUUUGUGAUAAUGACUGGCUAACAAGAAACACAGCCAUGCAGAAAAUCAGUUUACUUACUGGGACAACAGUUUAGUGGUCAUUUAGAAAGAAUCAAGUACUCUAGAGAGCUGUGUUAUAAAUGUAUACAUAUAUAAUUAAAUGUGUCGCUUUUAAUUAAGGCCGAUUUUAGGUAUGUUUUCAGGCUAUUCAUCAUGUUUAAUUGUAGCACCUUUUACAGAUUUAUUUUUUCCUUGGCCAAAUGUUUCCAAUAACGACCAUCAUGUUUAAAUUGUCUGAAAUGUAUGACUUUCUUUCUUAUACAUUGGAAUAAUGAAGAGUAAGCUGAAGAUAUACAAGAAAUGUAUUUUAUAGUCAUUAAAGUAGAAACAUGCUUAAAUAAAUAUGGGAUUAAUGAGGGACUUUGUAUGAUUGAAACAUGUAGCCAUUAAAUAGAAUGAACACAAACCCUUAAUGUAAUAUUUUCAUGCAUUACUUCAACACUAAGCUCUUAUAAAAUGUACCUGAUGUCGUUCAAAUACCAGUGAAAACAAGCAUCUUUGAAUAAAUCUGAAAGAGAUAAACAAUAUAGGGGUACAUUAAGGAUUGUUUCCCCUAAUGUUUCAAAUUUGGAUGGACUAUGCAACAUUAUGUCUAAACAUAGGUUUACCCUGUACUGGGCCUGUGCAGUAAGACAAAAAUUAGGACAUUUGAUAUAAAAAAAUUAUUCAGAAGUUUAAACAUAAAUCAAUCUUUUACAAUCAUUUCCAAAAAUGAAAUCUAUGUAUUUGUUUUACACAUUAUGUUGUUUCAUUCUUUCAAUACAGUAAAUCAAUUCAUAAAAAUCU